ACACAACUUCGACGACGACGACGACGAAAAUUUCUACGUAAAUUUGCUUCAGACGUAUCCGCAGCGCGCGUAAUUUAAAAGUUAUCUCGCCGCAACCAAACAUUCAGUUGUUAAAAGAUAUAAAAAAUAUAUAUAAAUAUUGAAGUAUUCAAAAGCUGUGCUUUGUGUGUGCAUUUCCAACUAAAACAAACAAAAAUAAAUUCAAAAAUAUAAAAAUUCAUCCAAGUAUUAAAUGUGGCUAACUAAUACAAGUUUCACAUAUUUACAAAACGUUUCUGCCGCACUCAGCUCCAACAACAAAACAGUAACUAACUAACAGUGAUUGUGUUUAAGAAGAAGAACAAACAAACCAAAAUUUUGUAAAAUGUCAUUUGUUUACGGUGCCGAUAGGCACUUGGCAGCCCUCUGAGGCGGCCGUUGCAAGGAUUCUGUGCGUGUUUCUGUGUCUUCUUCCUCACUCUCAGUUGAUAAAUUUGAUAAACUGCAGGAACUGCAAAUCCAACUGUAAAUCCAACUGCAAAACUGGCAACAAUCGGUUGCCGUUACUCCCUACAUUCUGGGCCCUUGCAAUUCGCAAAAUUGGAUAAACAUAGUGAACCCGCGUAUUUAAGCACGGCUCAGCCGAAAAUGUGCACUGAGGUGAAUUCAGCAAUGGGUCUUCAAGCAACAGCCGCUACCAAGCGGAAGCAUGAGCUGACAUUCGACUCCAAGGAUGCGAACACCACCUACACGAAUUGUGCACCGCCGCCGGUGAAGGCCAACAAAUGGGCGAUAAACAACAAUAACUACAUAGACUCGCUCGAGGAGGAGCGCGAUCAAUUGAGCAACGGCACAAAGCUAGAGGAGGAGUCCAACAACAACUGCAACAGCAGCAACAACAACAACAACAACAACAAUGUCGAGCAAAAACCAACGUCCAUGGAGGAGCAGCAGCUUGCAAUUAGCAAUAGCAAUAGUAUUAUUAGCAACGGUGAUGAAGUUACUAAGCCAGCCAGCCAGCAGCAGCAACAACAACAGCAACAACAACAGCAACCACAACAACAACAACAACAACCUGUAACUAGCGCGCUCAGUGCUCUGGUAGCGGGAACUCAAGCCGGCACAUUGAGCGCCGCAGAGGUGCCGCUGUCGCCGAGCUCAAGCAGUUCAGUGCCAGAGGAUAGCAUUGCCAAGCUGGAGGUGGUUGCGGCCAUGCCCAGCGAGCCCUGGAGCACCGCUACGGCGGUGGUUGCUGCCGAGCCAGUCGAUUGCAUCUCUAAGCUGCAGGCUGUGGCCGUGCCCAGCGAUCCUUGGGGCAGCAUUGCUACGCGCUCAACGCUGGCAACCACACUCCUGAGCGCCGAUGAGCUCGACGACGACGACGAUGACUUCGAGGACGACUACGAGGAGGAGGAGAGCAUCAUACCCACUUAUUGCCCAAUUCGCUACCAUCCGUUUGCGACGACCACGCAUCAACAGCAGCAGCAGCAGCAGCAACAACAGCAACAGCAGCAACAACAACAAGUGGCUCAGCAGCAAGUGGCGCAGCAGCAGCAGCAAGUGGCGCAGCAGCAACAGCAACGAAUCAAUGGCGCUUACUCCCCAACAGCUCACAGUUACGGCUCGCGCCCCAACUACUACUCCGAGCCCUUUCCUCAGCAGAACUGCUCCCGCACAGGCAGUCCGCAGCACAUGCGCAUGCCUAGUGGUUUCCCACCGCAGUGGCAGGCAGGCGGCGCCAGCACCACCACCCAGCAACAGCAGCAAUUCUAUGAGAACGGCUACGCAUCACAACAACAACAACAGCAGCAGCAGCAGCAACAACAGCAGCCCGCACAGCAACAGCAGCAGACGAUAAGGUGUGCAGAGAAUGGGAAAUCUUACCUGGAUUUGGGUAGCGCCAGCGUGCCUGUGCCACCCGCCGGCAACGUGCCGCUGCCCGCUGCAGCGCCGGGCAAUUUUGCGACUGGCAUGCCCCUGCAUGUCCAUCCCGCGGCGCUCGAUGCGAGGCACGCCAUGAAACGCUGCUGCGACGGACGCGGCAAUUGGUGCAACGCCAAUCGCAAUUGCUACAAGGACACACGCUUGAAGAUCCGCAACCUAUCCAUGUUCAAGCUGUCCCGCUUUAGGCAGGUGUCGGAGCAAUCGCUCUACCGCUCGGUCCUGAUCUGCAACACGCUCAAGCGCAUCGAUCGCGAGAUCGAGGCGGAGGCCAAGGAGCUCCAUCAGGCGGCGCAACAACAUCACCAGCAGGCAGCAGCAGCAGCAGCUGCCGCCGCCGCAGCAGCUCAAUAUCAUCCAGCCUAUCAGCAGCAACAACAGCAGCAGCAUCAACAACAACAACAACAACCGCCUCUGCUGCAUCCACUCAGCCAAGCACCACCCGCACCACAGCAGCAGCAACAGCAGCAGCAGCUAGCACAGCAGCAACAGCAACAGCAACCACCACAGCUGGAUUAUGCGCCUGUGCUGAAUUGCGCGCGCCUCGCCAACAUGGAUCACUAUCAGCAGCUGCAACCACCGCAUUUUCCGCCACCACCGCCUGGCUAUUUGGCACAAAGUGAACGACUCGAUGCGCCACCCACUGCCUACAAUCCGCAUAUGCAGAAGGCAGCUGGCCCCAAUUUCGCCACAGCGCCGAGCCAUAUGAAUGUUGCCAACGGCAACACGAGCAACAGCAACAGCAGCAACACGAGCAGCAACAGCAACUGUGAUACGAACGGCGCCGGCAGCGGUACGAAUUUGCAUCCCUACGAUCAUUAUCCCUUUCGGGAGUCACAGUCCGGACGUGCCACGCCCUUCCCCAACUGCCCGCCCCCCGUAGUUGCUGCCAACUCCAGUAAUGUGAGCAGCAGCAACACGCCGCCCGCUGCGUCCGUGGCAAGCAGUCUGCCAGCAUCCAAUGUGACCUCCAGCAGCAGCAGCAGCAAUGCGGCCAGCUCCAGCACUAACAACAACAACAACAACAACAGCAAUGGCAGCAGCAGCAGCAGCAACGGCACUUUAAGCAGCAGCGGCAGCAUCCUGAAUGGCAGCGGCAGUGGCAGUAGUGGGAGCAGUGGCAGCAGCGUCAGUAGUUUGGGGAACCCGAGUGUGGCCAUCAGCACCUGUGAUUCAAGCGAUUCCGGCUAUGCGGAUGACGAUUCGACACGAUCCAUCAACUGGAGUUCGGUGCUCAGUCUCUCCUCGCAAUCAGCGCUGGAUCCGUUGAACAACAACGAUCUGUUCUCCAUAUUGCCCGCCGCCUCAUCGCCCACAGCGGUGCCUGUGAGCAGUCCAACGGCGGGAGCGGGUGCUGCAACGGGUGCCAUCUCCUCAUCCUCCUCGGCUGCCACCGUCGCCUUUAGCGGCACAUUCACAACGGUCCAGGCCAGUUCCAACUCGAGCGCCCUCAGCAGUCAGAGCAGCAGCAAUAACAGCAGCUCCAGCACAACGGCCACCUUCACCACACUGUCAACCAUUUCCUCCGCGACCCACUCGUUGACCUCCUCGUAUGUGAGCAGCAUCAGCUCGAAUGUGUCGGCGGGCGCCAACACCUGGGAGUACGGAUUCCUCGAUAUGGAGUUCGGACUGGGCUCUGAGUUCACCGAGCUGGUGCCGAGCUGCAAACUGAGCUCCGAUGAGCUCUUCAAGAGUGGCCUGAGCGGUCCGGUGGCCACCUCAAGGUUCGCCAACGUCCAUGACAACGAGCUCGAGCAGCCGGCACACAUAAUGGUUGGCAGUUAGUAUCAGUUGUAAGUCAACAACUACAAUAACAACAAAAACGGUGCUUUAACUUGACGGAACGAUACGGCUGGACCGUUCAGCGUGCAGGUCACGCCUGAUGGAGAGUGUAGCCGAACGGUACCCGAAGGUAUUUCAAAUAAAUGGCCAACCAACCAAUUCCGUAGAACUUCGAACUAUGCUCAGGUUGUGAAACACUCACUACAAAUGGUGGAACAUGCUUAGUGGAAUGAAUGGAUGCUUGCGGUGAUGAUGCAACGAUACCUAGACGUUUCCUUAUGCCCCGCCCCAGCAAACAAGCAAUCGCCACGAAUCGGGCGGUCGAACAGCAACGCAAAGUUUCUGUGCGAAUUAAAUAUAAAUUAAACAAUUUAAUAAAAUGCAAUUACAAAACGUAAAAGAAUUCAACUAAACGGAAUGGUGUGAAAACCCAUGAAAACUAUUAGCAAAUUUUUUAAGUGUAAAUAUUGUAAAUGUUAAUGCAAAACAGAAAGAGAAAACUCGUAGUCUUUAAGUUCGAAAGCAAAUUAUAUAUUAGCGCGUAUGACAUCUAAUUUAAGCUUUGUUAGUUGCAAUUGUUGCAGUUUUUCGAUUACAACAAACAAAAACAAGGAAACCGAUCAAGUAAAAGCAUACUAUAGCAAAAAUGAUAGAGUGUUGAUAUGCGAAAUCAUAGCACCAAGAUCAAUUAUGUAUCAAAAGAAAAAUUAAAGAAAAGAGAACUAUUUAAAAAGAGUUUGUUGAGAAGCAAAAAUCGAAGA